GUCCACGGGGGCGACAUUAAGCCGUUGCAAAAGACACAAACGUCAGGAGCGUGGAAGGACAUUUCCAGAAGAAAUCAUGCAUAGAUUUUUAUUACGGACUCUAAACUUCGCGGUUAAUCAUCCGGUUAGUGUAUAUGAGUCGUGUGUGUCGAUAUCAAAAUGUGAGAAGGCUGCAGCUUCAGCUUUCAGGGUUGCAAAUGGAGGUGGAGUCAAGGCCCUCAGCACGAGUUCUUACAGGCACUGUGAGAAGAAAGAUGACGUUACCCCCGCUCAUCAGGAAGAGAAAACAAACGCUGUGGAAGACGUUGUCCCAACAGAAACGGCAACUUUGCUCACACCGAAAGCUGAAGGUGAAAUCACACUCGUCAAAAAAGAGGAACACAAUGAGGAGCCAGUGGUGUUGAAGACUGACGAUGUAGACAUGGAGCAGCAGCAGGCUGAUGUCAGAGUUGAAGAGGUUGUGGAACCACCAAAACAAGUGAAGAGCCCUGCAGCUAAUAGUGGGAAACAGAGUCUCCUUGACCUUCUUGGAGCUAUGAAAGUUGAAGUAACUAAUAAGAGCAAGCUUAAAAGCAAAAAAACAAUGAGUCCGAGGCCUGAAUCCAUCCCCAAGCCAAACCUAGCAGCUAUGGAGAGCACAAUCAGUAUGUUUCAGCAGGCGACAGGGGAGGCCGCGUCACAGAGCGAGGCUCUGGAUUCUACACUGGUCGCAGCUGCCUCUGCUGCCGCCUCCACUCUCCCAAACAGCAGCCAAGCCGAGUCUGAGCUGCUCCGACAGCUCAGGAAGAACGAUUCUGUCACUGAGGCUCAGAAGAAAGGAGACACGAACAACCUCGGGGUGAUUAUUGCCGACAUGAAGGUAGGAAAGAGAUACAACCGGCAGAGCGCUAAGCCGGCUAAUCAGAUCUGGUUUGAUGACGACGGCAAAGGAUACACACUAGAAAGAGGGAUCACUGCUGAACUGGAUGGUGUCCGGAGACGGAGGCCCAUGUUCUCCGGAAAAAGACUGAAUGUCUUCUCUCCAGCCACUGCUGCAGAUUCAGUUGAGACAACAGUCGCACGGCCAACUCUCUGGGACAUGGACUUUGCUAAUCAGUUAUCUCUGUCGACAAGCCAAUUCCCCCGCAACGGGCUUGAGGAAAUGAUCCAGUGGAGCAAAGAGGGGAAGCUGUGGCGGUACCCGAUCAACAACGAAGCUGGCCUCGAGGAGGAAGUCGGCGUCUCGUUCCAUGAGCAUAUCUAUUUAGACCGACACUUGGAGGAGGGUUUCCCCAGUCAGGGACCGGUGCGUCACUUCAUGGAGCUCGUGGUGGCCGGUCUGUCCAGAAACCCGUAUCUGACAGUCCAACAGAAGAGGGAACACAUUUCCUGGUUCAGAGACUACUUCCACCAGAAAGAGGAAGUCCUUAAAGAGGCUGAUGUGUACCUUCGCUAAGCUUAAGACAAUUCACUGGUUUUCAGUAGCUUUUGAAUGUGGACAGAUUAAAAGCAAGACUCCUGCAAGUCAGUGAGGCUUCGGGACGGUCAUCAUCUUUUCCCGUACAGCUUAAAAGGAUGCAGAAUAAAGCUGGACUAGAUUUCUUGACUCUUCCAGGAGAACAGUUUGUUUUGACUAGAAUCAUGUCUUGUUAUGUUAUAAAGCCUCGUUUGUUUAAAAUAAAUGUUCAGACUAUAGGAUACUGUUAAAUCUUUAAAUCACAGGCAAAGAUCUGCAGAAGAUGUUGUACAAAGUAUAAAAACAAUACAAAGCAGAAAAGUCGUA